AUCACCCAAAUUUAAUGGAACUAGAGAUAGAAGAAAAAAAAGGUGCACAAUUAUUUCUCUGUCUUUCUUCAACAAAAAACCAUAUAAAAAUCUUGUACUUAUAUUUGAGUGUCCCAUGAUAAACUUGAAGAUUAAAACUUCAUAUAGUGGCCUAGGAUAUUAGGGGGUCAAAGAACAAGAAAAGUUACUGGGGCAGUCCACUGCAUUUAAUGCAUAGGCCAAAAAAAAUUCAAUAUAAAUAAUUUUUUUAAGGGUGAAAAAUAAUAAAUUUUCAUUGCAUUACUUGUUCACUUGUUGCAUGUCUUUUGCAGCUUGUGAGAUUCAAAAAGCAAAAGAGCAAAACUUUUCAAGAGACAGAAACACACUCUUCACAGAAUUUAGCAUGCCUUGUGUUUGUAUUAAUUCCAAAGUCACAUUCCACCUUAUACCUUAACAAGACAAAAAGCUUCUUCCUUCAGUGCUCACUUUUUUUCUUUUCUUUUUAGUCAUGUCUGCACCUUCACCACCCACUUUCAAACCUAUGCAAAGUUUGAGUAUGGUGGGAGUGGCUUCAUUGAACACUUAGAAUAAAAUAAAGAUCAUAUAUUCAUCAUAUUCUGCUGAAAAUUCUAAGUAAUAGUUUCCAUGGCAUCAACUGCUGAACCAUCUCCUUAUAGCACUUCAAGGAGAAGAGAUGAUGAAUCAGAGUUCAAUUUGAGAGAAUGGGGAAUGAAAGGUAGAAUCAUCAGCAGAGAGAACACCAACUCAAGAAGGUAUUCAGGAUCAUACAUGAGAAGCUUUAGAGAAGACACAAGGUCUUUCAGAUCAAACAUAACCAUUUCUAGCACAGCUUCUUCACCAGGAUACCCUUUAAAAGAUGAAAUAGACCCUUCAACAUACUCAUUCACCACUGCUCUUAAAGCAUUGCAAGCAAAAGCAAGCUAUAACAGUUGGGAAUGCUUAUCCCCAGAUGGGUUUGCAUUGAAUUCAAAGUGGAAUGAAGCAGAAAAGUACAUAUGCAACCCUCUCUCAGGAGAAGUACCAAUGGAGUGUCUAUCUGCAAAAACUCUUAGUGGAAGAUCAUUCAGAAGUUUCACAAACAGAAUCACCAUGUCUGCUCCUCUAGUUUAUUCCUCUUCAAGACAUAUUCAAGCCAAACCAUCUAGUCUCAUAGAAGAAGAUGAAGCAGCUCCUCCUCAAUACCCCAUUCCAGAGAAGAAAAAAGAGGGAAUGACAAGAGAUGUUGGUGUUCAAAGCACACCUCAAUAUCUUAGUUCAAGCAGUCCUAGCCCUGCUUCAACACCUUCAAUCAUAGAAAGGUCAAAAAAUAGAGCUGCAGAUUCACCUAAUUCAAAUGCCAAAACAAAAUCUGAGGAAGAGGUGGAAGUGAAAGAUACAGAAACAUGGGAGACAAAAGAAACAGUUCAUCAUCAAAGAGGAAAGAAUGAUUGGAGCAAACAUGAAGAACAACUUUGCAGAAGGCAAGGUGGUUGCUUUUCUUGGAUGAUGAGGAAGAAUAGGCAGAGAGACACUGAAAAACAAAGAAGAAAUAACAUCUUUCUCAUUCACUUCAAAGGUUGCUAAAAUAAAUAAAUAAAUAAUUGUAAUUCAUGAUGACAUGAUUGGUUUUUCAUUUGAAAAACAUCUAAACUAUAUAGUAGUUUAGAUAAAAUUAGAAUUAGUCUCUUAUAAGUUGAGUUUAAUUUUUAUAUGCUUAAAA